CCGUUUGUUCUGCUCUUCUUCUUGUCUUCCCGCUGCAGCCACCCGAAGAGAAAAAAAAGGGGAACCCGACAGCCAUGCUUGAGGAAACCGGUAGAGAGCUUGAUUUUUCCCUUCUUUUCUUGUCCAAGAACCUGAUUUGGAACCCAGAAAUUCUCCCCCCUGCUGGAAAAUCCCGGAUCUGCUCUGUCUUUCCUCCCCUGUCCGCCGGCUGCUCUUGCUUGUGGGUGUGAUUUUCGGUCUUUCUUGGUGAGAAGCAGCCAUGAAUUCAUCUCUUUAGCUUUGAAUUACCUUGGGUUUACCUUAAUUGCUCUUGAUUUCUCCAACUUUUGAGGUAGGCCGUGAGCUUCUUCUCCAAAUUGCCGCCGGCCUCUUCUCCCCUUGCAGCUCCGGUUUCUACAGCUGGAGAAUUAUGGUAUGUGACAGCCUUUUAAGGCUUAAAUUAUCCAUUCAAAGUUGCUGCUUGUGAUGUCCGAAUUUGGCUAGGAAAUGGGGAAAUUCCGGUAGCAAUUAAGUGAGAUUUAUGUGAUUGAGUGUUAGUUGGUUGUUGUGAUUUUUGGACAAAAUCCCGUGAGAUUAGCUAGUGUUUUGGCCAAUGUGUGGAAGUGGAGUUACUGUUCACGUCGGGGUCACUGUUCAGCGGUUACUGUUCACACCCCGAGGGCCAACAAUUAACGGGGAUUUAAGUGAUUAGUUUGUGAUAUAAGAACGAAUUUGGAGAUAUUUGAUCAUGUGGAGAUUUAUGGAAAUAGCAUUGUGAUUAGAAAUGAUCCUAAUGAAGUAUUCAGUGUGAA